UAUUCGUGAGAUGUCGAUCUGAGGAAAUACACGGAUUUACAUGUCUCGGUAAACGAGAUAUGACGGAGAACUCAGUCGAAGGCGACAGAACCCACUCAUGUGUGCCCAAAACCAACUAAAUGGACAAAGACAGAAUUCCGCAUGGACCUUGCUCAUGGCUGGACAUGAAUCAGUUCAUUGGAGACCUUAUGGCCUCUAGCACUUCCGGCACUGUCCAGCCGCCAAAAGAUCCCAGCCAGCAGGAGGCACUACGCGUUGCUUGGGAGAACGCGGAACACGACGGCCUCGGUCUGAAGGUGCCCCCUUUGCCUUAUAUGAAUCCAUCCAGACAGAUUCAAGAGAAAGGCCCAGUUGGGCUUGUUUUGCAGGCGCUCCCCGACGCAGGAGAGAGGACAAGAGAGUCUGGGAAGACCAGUGGCCAACAUUUUCAGCAUCGUACCUGCACCUGUCCCAGCUGCCCAUUCUCUUCCUCCUCUUCCUUCACGUCGCCUUCCUCUCUGCACACACUGAAGACCAGAGAGCGUCCCUCAUCCCCGCUGUCAGCCUCAAUGCGUCAGUCUAAGGAGGCGGCCGCCGCCUCCGUCAGCCUGGGCCUGUGUCUGGGUCUGGGUCUGUCUCUGGAGGAGGAGCCCGGAGAGCCGAGCAGCACGUCCAACCCAGAGGCCUCGCAGAGACAGCCGCAUCCACAACAGCAGGACAAAGGCACCAGCACCCACAGCCCUGCAGCACAGCCGAGCUCGGAAACCGCUCAGAGGUGCCCGCACCCCCUUACCACCUUCCCCUGUCUCUGCUGUCACCAGGGUUUUCAAACCUGCGCCCAGCUGCUGCAGCACCAACAGGGCACGGAUUCUCGCUACACCCACACCCACGCCCACCAUCACUACCACCACCAUCACUGCCCGCUCGCGUCCUGCCUCCCGUGUACGCAGCUGCAUCGCUCCGCCCAGUCGCCUCCGCCCUUCCCGUGUCUGACCUGUCAGCGGACUUUCCCCACCUGCGCUCAGCUCUUGCGUCACCAGCAGGGCCACGCCCAGCAAGAGGGCCUGCAGCAGCACCCGUGCAUGCACUGCACGGCCUCGUUCCCUCGUCCGUCCCAGCUGCUCCAGCACCAGCGUGCCCAUCACGCCUCCAAGGCCGGCGGCUUCAUGUGCGCGGAGUGCGGCCGCGCGUUCAACUCUCACAGCAACCUGCGCAUUCACCUGAACGUGCACACCGGCGCCCGACCUUACAUCUGCAGCGAUUGCGGCAAGAGCUUCAGCCAGUCGGGGGCGCUGAAAAUCCACCAGCGGAUCCACACCGGUGAAAGGCCCUAUACAUGUGGGUUCUGUGGGAGGGGAUUCCCCCACCUGGCUGGGGUUAGGGCGCACGAGCGUACCCACACCGGAGAGAAACCAUACCGCUGCUCGCAGUGUGGCAAGUGCUUCACCCAGUCAGGUGCGCUGAAGAUCCACAUGCGCAUACACACAGGCGAAAGACCUUUCAUCUGCGGCCUCUGCGGUAAGAGCUUCUCCAACCGAUCGGGGAUUCGCUUUCAUCACCGCACCGUGCACGGGAUCGUCUCCGAGCCCAACUCGGUCGGACGGCCCAGCCUGGCCGGAGCCAACGCGUCCUCCGCCUCUGACUCUUUGUCUAUCCAUCUGCCCGACGACCUGAGUCGCCGUGGCAGUUCCGGUUCCGGUUCUGGUUCCGGUGCCGCCUCCACGGCGACCUCGAGCACUCUCCAGUCCGGCUUUAGCAGAGGCCCUGAACACCAGGCCCGGUCCAAACCCGUGGAGGAAAAGAACAGCGCCAAUAAAGAAGAGGGCUCUGGUAGGGAAACGGAGAAGGGGGCUCUGCCUUACGCAUGCGAGGACUGUGGCCUGCGCUUUCGGGACGCCCUCUCCAGAAACCGACACCAAAUGCUGGAGCACUACUCCACGGAGGAGGCAGAGAGGGAAGAAAGAAGAGGAGGAGGAGGAGGAGGACACAGUAAGGACAGGGCUUAGGUAGAGCAGACUGCAGGAAAAGGUUGCUGGCCUAACAAUAGGGGACAAGAAACAAAAGAAAGGGAUGAGGGUACCUGAAUGUCCAUUAUGUCUGUUUUGAAUGGUCCAGCUUACUCUCUGAGAUGUGUAAGAAUGUUUAAACUGCCACUGCUUUUGCUCAAGCAAAGUUUAAGUCUAAAAUCCCCGAAUCUGGCCUUUAAUGCGUUUUUGUUACAAAGCUAUUGUACUUGAAAUUGCACUUUAAUCACUACAGCAAACAACAAAGAGCA